AUGAAGUGUCCCAAAAUUCUUUCUUAUCUCCUACUUUUUCCUUCUUCACACCACUUAUUCCCCCUCAUCCUUUCUCUAGCUUUCUUAUCUCCUACUUUUCCUUCUUCACACCCUUAUUCACCCCUCAUCCUUUCUCUAGCUUUCUUAUCUCCUACUUUUCCUUCUUCACACCCACUUAUUCCCCCUCAUCCUUUCUCUAGCUUUCUUAUCUCCUACUUUUCCUUCUUCACACCCCCCCUCAUCCUUAUUCUUAUCCCCUCAUUCCUUCUUUCUAUCUCCUGCUUUUCCUUCUUCUCCCCCUCAUCCUUUCUCUUUUCUUAUCUCCUACUUUUCCUUCUUCACACCCACUUAUUCACCCCCUCAUCUUUCUCUAGCUUUCUUAUCUCCUUUUCCUUCUUCUUCACCCCACUUAUUCCCCCUCAUCCUUUCUCUAUCUUUUCUUCUUCUCCCCCCUAUCCUUUUCCUUCUUAUCUCCUACCCUUCUUCAUUCCCCCCCCCAUCCUUUCUCUAGCUUUCUUAUCUCCCUACUUUUCCUUCUUCACACCCUUAUUCACCCUCAUCCUUUCUCUAGCUUUCUUAUCUCCCCCCUUACUUUUCCUUCUUCACCCCUACUUGUUCCCCCCCCAUCCUUUCUCUAGCUUUCUUAUCUCCCUACUUUCCUUCUUCACACCCACUUAUUCCCCCCCUCAUCCUUUCUCUAGCUUUCUUAUCUCCUACUUUUCCUUCUCACAUUCACCCUUGUUCCCCCUCAUCCUUUCUCUUCAGCCUUAUUCACCCUCAUCUUUCUCUAGGCUUUCUUAUCCUUCUUCUUCACCCACUUAUUCCCCCCUCAUCCUUUCUCUAGCUUUCUUAUCUCCUACUUUUCCUUCUUCCUUUCUCUACCCCUACUUUUUCCUUCUUCAUUCACCCCCCCAUCCUUUCUCUAGCUUUCUUAUCUCCUACUUUCCUUCUUCACACCCUUAUUCACCCCCUCAUCCUUUCUCUAGCUUUCUUAUCUCCUACUUUCCUUCUUCACACCCACUUCUUUCUUAUCUCCCUUUUUUCCUUCUUUCUACUUCACAUCCCUCUAGCUUAUUUCUUCCCCCCUCUACCCUCCUUCCAUCCCUUUCUCUAGCUUUCUUAUCUCCUACUUUUCCUUCUUCACACCCACUUAUUCACCCCUCAUCCUUUCUCUCUACUUUCUUAUCUCCUACUUUUUCCUUCUUCACACCCACUUAUUCCCCCCCUCAUCCUUUCUCUAGCUUUCUUAUCUCCUACUUUCCUUCUUCACACCCACUUAUUCCCCCCCUCAUCCUUUCUCUAGCUUUCUUAUCUCCUAUCCUUCUUCACCCCUUAUUCCCCCUCAUCCUUUCUCUUCUUUCUUAUCUCCCCUUUUCUUCACACCCCCUUAUUCCCCCCCCAUCCUUUCUCCUAGCUUUCUUAUCUCCUACUUUCCUUCUUCACACCCCUUAUUCCCCCCUCAUCCUUUCUCUAGCUUUUCUUAUCUUUUUUCCUAUUCACACCCCACUUUCCUCCUCAUCCUUUCUCUCAUCUCCUACUUUCCUUCUUCACCCUAUUUUCCCCUUCCAUUUUCACCCCUCAUCCUUUCUCUCAGCUUUCUUAUCUCCUACUUUUCCUUCUUCACACCCCCUUAUUCACCCCCUCAUCCUUUCUCUAGCUUUCUUAUCUCCUACUUUUCUUCUUCACACCUUAUUCCCCCUCAUCCUUUCUCUAGCUUUCUUAUCUCCUCUCCUUCUUCACACCCACUUAUUCCCCCCUCAUCCUUUCUCUAGCUUUCUUAUCUCCUACUUUUCCUUCUUCACACCCCUUAUUCACCCUCAUCCUUUCUCUAGCUUUCUUAUCUCCUACUUUUCCUUCUUCACACCCCUUCUUUCCCCUAUCCUUUCUCUAGCUUUCUUCUUCACACCCACUUAUUCACCCCCUCAUCCUUUCUCUAGCUUUCUUAUCUCCUACUUUUCCUUCUUCACACCCACUUAUUCACCCCCUCAUCCUUUCUCUAGCUUUCUUAUCUCCUACUUUUCCUUCUUCACCCUUCUUUUCCUUCUUCCUUCUUCCCCCUUAUUCACCCUCAUCCUUUCUUUCUUUCUUAUCUCCUACUUUUCCUUCUUCACACCCUUAUUCCCCCACCAUCAUUUCUCUAGCUUUCUUAUCUCCUACUUUUCCUUCUUCACCCCACUUAUUCCCCCUCAUCCUUUCUCUAGCUUUCUUAUCUCCUACUUUUCCUUCUUCACACCACUUAUUCACCCCCUCAUCCUUUUCUCUAGCUUUCUUAUCUCCUACUUUUCCUUCUUCUUCACCCUUAUUCACCCCCCUCAUCAUUUCUCUAGCUUUCUUAUCUCCCUUCUUUCCUUCUUCUUCACCACUUAUUCCCCCCUCAUCCUUUCUCUAGCUUUCUUAUCUCCCUACUUUUCCUUCUUCACACCCAUUUAUUUCCCCCUCAUCCUUUCUCUAGCUUUUCUUAUCUCCUUUCUUUCUCCUUCUUCACCCCCUUAUUCACCCCCUCAUCCUUUCUCUAGCUUUCUUAUCUCCUACUUUUCCUUCUUCACACCCACUUGUUCCCCACCCAUCCUUUCUCUAGCUUUCUUAUCUCCUACUUUCCUUCUUCACACCCACUUAUUCCCCCCUCAUCCUUUCUCUAGCUUUCUUAUCUCCUACUUUUCCUUCUUCACACCCACUUAUUCACCCCCUCAUCCUUUCUCUAGCUUUCUUAUCUCCUACUUUUCCUUCUUCACACCCACUUAUUCACCCCCUCAUCCUUUCUCUAGCUUUCUUAUCUCCUACUUUUCCUUCUUCACACCCACUUAUUCCCCCCUCAUCCUUUCUCUAGCUUUCUUAUCUCCUACUUUCCUUCUUCACACCCACUUAUUCACCCCCUCAUCCUUUCUCUAG